GUACCGAAAGAAAGACUCAUAACUGCAGACUCUUUGACUUCCUUCCCUUUCUUUUUCUAUCUAUCUAUUUAUAUAUUCCUGUCACCUGCUUUGUAAGUAAGCUAACGGUCUCUGCAAAUUACAACAUCGAUCCCUCCAAUCACUGAUUUAUUAUCACAAAGAAGCUCGAUUUAUUUCCCGCCAAACUUAAUCCAACCAUGAAUCGUGAUCCUGGUCGAGGUCGAGGUCGAGGUCGAGGUCGAGGUCGAGGACGAGGACGAGGACGAGAUCUAGGUCGAGGUCGAGAACGAGAUCGAGGUCGAGGUCAAUGGCCCAGUCCUGUAGGAGGCGAGCAUUGGGUUCCCAAGGGGAGAUCUUCGGAUCCUUCUUUCCACAGUACCUACUCUGUUGGAGCAGAUGAGUCUUCUUCCGACGAGAAACCUUUUAGCAACAGAGGAAGAAACUCGCAGCCGAAUUCACGAGGGUGGUUUCCAAGUUAUCCCAACAGUGCGGGUAACAUUUUUUGGCCUUCUUCUGAUGAGCAACCUUUUAGCAACAGAGGAAGAAACUCGCAGCCGAAUUCACGAGGGUGGUUUCCAAGUUAUCCCAACAGUGCGGGUAACAUUUUUUGGCCUUCUUCUGAUAAGAAACCUUUUAGCAACAGAGGAAGAAACUCGCAGCCGAAUUCACGAGGGUGGUUUCCAAGUUAUCCAAACAGUGCGGGUAACAUUUUUUGCCAGAGGGAACCAUUAGAAAAUAAGUCAUUAGAAGAUAGCAUGUCCAGUACGGGAAGGAUCCUGCACGACCCAAGUGCUCCCAGUUGCAGCAGUAUUGGGUCAAAUCAGUUAGAUUGUUCUGUGGCUUCAAAUUCAGUUAACAAGGGCGACUCUGCAUUGAUGCCAGCUAUUUCAGGUUCUAGGGAUAUGAAGUCUGAUAUUGUUAGCGCUCCCUUGGAGAAGGGAGCACAGGAUGGUGCAGUGCACCUUGAUUUCUCUCUCAAACUGAAUAGUACUGUCCCAUUGCAAAAUCAGAAUGAGUCUCACCUGACAAUGCAUAAGAGGCUGUAACAAUGAAGUUUGCCUCCGUGGUAGGUAUAUAGUUACAAUCAGCUGCUUCUUUAAUGAUCAUGAUACUGGCCCUGGAUUUAAUAAGAAAACAUAACCUGAAAUUUUUUUUGUUAUUUUCGUCUCCUGUAUAAUCAUUGUUCGUGUAAACCAAUAAGUUGCUCUUCCCUCUUU